UAACUAAAAAUUGUAUAUAAAUUAAAUAAAAUUAUAAAUAAACAAAAAUAAAUAAAAUUUUAAACAAAAAUCUAAAUACUAAUUAAAUUAAAACCAAAAAAAAGUAUCUUUAAAAAAAACCUCUAAAAACCUCAUCAUUAACAUCACAAAUUUACUCUACUCUCCCUCUCUUUAAAAUAAUAUAAAUAAAAAAAAGAAAAACAAAAAAAGCUCUUUCUUAUUAUUUCACAUGUUGCCUUCUACUUUAAUUAAAUAAUUAAACAAAAAUUAACUAAAUUAAAAAAAAAGUGUUAACCCCUAAAAAACAUAAAAAAAAUCUUAAUAACGUCAAACCAAAUGCCAGAAAUCUUCUUAAAAAAAGUUUAGUGUAUUACUGUGUCGCCAUCAACCGCCAUUCUCAUCAUCAUCAUCUGUGAAACGUUGUUGUCGUAGUCGUCGUUUUCGUGUUUUAUUAGUGUUUUGUUGUUGUUAUUUUUUGCAUAUUUUUAAUUCCUAUUUUGUCGCUUACGCCGUGUGUUGUGUUGUUUUCUUUUCCCUCUACUGAUUCUUUACCGUAUUUGUUGUUGUUUUUUUUGCAUUUUGUCAAUUAUCGUUGGUUUAUUAUGGCUUUGGUGUGCCAACUAAGUCCCGCUUUAUGGUGGUUUUUUAUUAUAAAUGCGGUUUAAAUGCAGGUCGGCGUAAUUUUUCAAGGAAUUUAACUAAAGAAAAGCUCGCCCUGCUAACGCAACAUUUCCCAAGACACUAGAGUGGCUUAAUAUGGACGAUUUUUCAGUGCCUCUAUUGGCAAAUAGUGCAUCGUAUAACCACAACAACAAUAAUAACAAUACUAGCAUUAAUCACAACAAUAAUAAUACUAACAGCAACAACAACAACAAUACCAAUAUGCAUCACCAUAAAGAUCACAUGUUGGCAGCUGGUAGUACACCCAGUACCACUUCUUUUAUGUACGAAACAACAACACCCUCCAAUAACUCCAAAGGAGAAAUGUCCAUGGCUAAAAGUGACUAUAGUACUUUUACCACAUGUAUACAACAAUCUGCGCUACUCGAUCAUCGCCAUUCUGCCAUAGAUGCUAAUUUAGAUGCUGGUGUUUCUUUGGGUGCUUUAUGUGAUUUGAAAUUUUCCGGAGGCUCCAGCUCUAUAAUGGGAGGUGCUAAUCUAAUUAAUGAAACAAAUACAAAUUUUAAAGGUUUACCACCCUUAAUGGGGACUAUAGAAAGUAAUCAUAUAAUGAGUGGCCUACAGAAGCUGAAUACAACGGCGGGUGUUGUUAAUGCACCCACGUUUUCUAAUCUACUAUUUGCCAGAGAAGCUACACAGAACCUUAAUACAAAUAAUAAUAACAAUAAUAAUAAUAAUGUGUCCACAGCUAAUAGUUCACAUUAUUUAACGCUGAAAGGUAAUGAAGUACAAAGCACUGCCGAAACGACAACACAAACGCAUCACUAUUUACCAAAUAAUAAUUUAACAGCCAGACAAAUGUCACCACCGAAUGAAAUUCUACAAAGAGUAACAACAGCCGAUAAUCAUAAUCUAUUAGAUUAUGGCAUUGCCAGUUCAUCUUCCUCUGCAGCAGCCAACACUACUACUUCAUCUUCAUCACUUACUUUACAUCAUAAUCUUAAUACUAAUACAGAGAGGGGAGUCAAUCAUGGUGGCUUGGAAAGUCGUGUUAAUGCUCUCAAUGAAAAUCAUAUAACUACCACAACAGCUACAACAACUAAUGAUACAACACCCCCAAACACUGCCAAUAUCAACAACAACAACAAUACACAUCAUACAACACAACAACAGCAGCAGCAGCAGCAGCAACAUGCUACAACAACAGCCACCUCUACCACGACCAGUACAAGAUCAACUCUCCACAGUAUUGAAGAAUUAGCGGCCAGUUCCUGUACACCCUCAUCCUCAACAACAGCUCCACUAAAUACUCUUGUAAAUAACAACAAUAACAAUGCAACAUCAUCAACAACUAUAACACAAACAUCAGCUACAACAGUACCUUUAAUUAUAAACAACAAUGAAACAGCUAAGCAGCAGCAACAACAGCUUCCACGAGAAGCCACAAAUUCUGCUAAUAACCAGCAACAGCAACAAUUGUCACAACAGCAAUUGACUCUGCAACAUCAACAUAAUCAGCAGCUUCAGCAACAUCAUCACCAACAGCAGCAGCAGCAUCAACAACAUUUGCUUAAUUCUUCUACUUUGAGUAGUGAUAGCAACGAUUCGAUUUCUUCCUCGGAUGAAUUUAUAGAUAUGGAAUUGAAUGAAAGAUCGGGUAAGUCAUUGUUACUAUAAUUUUCUUUAUUUUAACAGG